GUUUGGCCGAAUGGCAGCUUUUACGCAGAGGGUUGUCUCACCUGCUGAAACGCACUUCUCCAUUCAACACAACAGAGCCAUCUUUCGCUCUCACCUCCAAUUAAUGUCCACGCCUGCGAAGUCAGCGCUUCGUCUUCGCCUCUUUGGGUUUGGUUUGUUUUGUCAAUGGCUUUAUUUUGAUGCGAGGAUCUUGGGUAUCCUAUCAUGCCCUCUGUGUAUGGAUCGUCUCUGCCAGAGUAGGCGAACAAAGCGCAUCAAGCCUCUCCAGAGAACUGACUACCCCCCAAAAAUCACGGAUUUUUGUCUGUAAGUACUCAGGAUAACCAUCUUCAGCUGUUUUGUUGUUGUUCUUGUUGUUGUUGUUGUUGUUAGGCUGCAGUGUGUCUAGUUCACUGGGAAAGAACACGCUGUUAAAGAUGGAUACGCUUUUUCUGAGCCCGAUGGAUAGGCAUUUAAUUUAGGGAACACCCGAUCCCAAUGCUGGACAGAAAUAAUGGCAAUAUUUUGGAAAGCGCUGGACACGUUACUGCUUUCCUGGGAGUAGAACAGGCCUGUGUUGAUGCUUGAGAAACCAAAAACAGCCCAACACUGCAUCGCACAUACAAACGUUUCAUUUCCCAAGGCGUGAAUUAUCAUAUGCCAAAAAUACAUCUGAGCACUGAUAAAAAAAAAUUAAAAAAAAAAUACUGACAAAAUACAUCACCGGCAAAAUAAACUAUGGAGCACACCGGGAUCGAGGAGGUGAACCAGACGCACCAGCAGCAGCAUGAGCCCAUCAGUUUCGGGAUCGACCAGAUCCUCAACAGCUCGGACCAGUCCAGCGGCUGCAUGCUGCCCAACCGGACCGGCGACCCGGAUUACGCGCUGGCCCCCAACGUCUACAGCAACGGGUACAACAGCGUCUACAACCCGGCCUGCUCCAUGGCGGCGGGUCUGGCCGGCUCCUACAACGUCAACAUGAACAUGAACGUCAGUAUGAACAUGAACAUGAACGUUAACGUGAACUCGGGCGGCGCCGGAGGGGUGAUCAGGGUGCCGGCCCACAGACCCAUGCCGCCUCCUCCGCCGCCCGCCGCUGCUGCACCUCAUCCGCCCCCUUCUGCGCACCCGCCAUGCAUCGGACCCGGCAUCGCCUCGGUACCCGGGAUGGGGAUGGGGAAUGCGGCAAACUUCACCUUCCCGUGGAUGGAGAGCAGUAGGAGGUUUGCAAAGGACAAAUUGACAGGGGAGCAGGCAGAGGAGAGCCGAGCUGGAGAGGCCACAGGGGGGCCAGGGCCUGCCGGGUCCCUCUGUCCUCUCCCCAAGGGAGACAUCGGCAGGGUCCCUGUCUGGAGCACUAUGGAGACAUUAGCCAAAUGCUAUUACCCCGAGCUCGCUCACCUGCGAGACGGCAAUGGCCUUCUAGCAGACUAUCCUUUUCCAAAGGGGGCUUGCCAAGCUUCCCUCUCACCCUUCUCCGUGACCCGUCGUAUCGGCCACCCUUACCAGAACCGGACGCCGCCCAAGAGGAAAAAGCCUCGCACCUCCUUCAGCCGAGUGCAGAUCUGCGAACUGGAGAAACGUUUCCAUCGGCAGAAGUACCUGGCGUCGGCUGAGCGCGCCACCUUGGCCAAGGCCCUGAAGAUGACAGAUGCACAAGUCAAGACCUGGUUUCAGAACAGACGGACAAAAUGGCGGAGACAGACUGCUGAGGAGAGAGAGGCUGAGAGGCAGCAGGCCAACCGACUGAUGCUGCAGCUUCAGCAGGAAGCUUUCCAGAAGACGUUGAGCCAGCCUCUGCAGCCGGACCCGCUCUGCCUGCACAACUCCUCCCUGUACGCCCUGCAGAACCUGCAGCCCUGGGCAGACGACAAUAAGCAACAUGGGGGAGUGUGUGUAGAGAGACACAGCUAUCUGUUACUGCCAAGACCUACAAAACACUGUGCAGACUUCACAGCACAGGAGCCGCACCGCUGUUUGUCAAACUGACGGUCUAAAAGAGAGGAGAGCACUUUAUCCGUAAGUGCCAGGAAACAAAUGGACACCUCUGUACAUGCCCAACUAUCAAGACUGUCCCCUCUUUUGCCUCUGGAUCCCUCACGAGGCAGCAGAGACACUCUGUCAAAAAUGGCAAAAAAAGACCUCCUGUUUUUCGCUUUUGACUUUGUACAAUGUAGUAAAUGCAUGUUUCAACCCUUUUCUGUGUGCACUCGGAGGUACCAUUGAAGUCAGCUGCCAGUGAGGUGGAUUGGUGGAACUCCUGAUGACGAAUUCCUCAUUAUUAUGUUCAAUUUAAAGGUGUUUUAUAUUAAAUGAUAUUGUGACUUUUUGAAAAGAUGA